AUGUCCUCGGAAGACGCGGCGCUUUCCGAGGUAGCCUCCGUUCUCCAAGCACUUAUUCCUGGUAAUCAAAAAUUGGCAAGUCUCAACCAUAGGCUUGUUCGCUUCUUUGGCUUACUUUUCCAAGACUCUGCCGGACAAUGGAUUAUGGAGACUUCCUGUAAAGCAAAGCAGGCCAAGGACGGCACUGGAACACCUGCUUCCAUAAUUGAUCCGCCGUUUAAUCACCCACCUCCAGAACUAUUAACACAAUGGUGGACCAACUCCGUACAUUUACCGCGGAGGUCAAUCGUGUGGCUCAAGAUAUCAGAUGAAGAUGUCCUUGGUGGACAGGCACGAAUCUACGGUAUCUGGGGGAAAUGGAAGAAGCUCACUCUCAAUAUCAAUACCAUAGCGAAUGAAUUGACAAUACAAGUUCGUGAUAUCGCUACAGUAACAACUUCAGUCCCAACGGGGGAUCUCACACAAAAGGUGCAAGAUGAAUUCAAAGGCAAAAUUCUUGCUCUGAAGGAAAUUAUCAACACAAUGGUCGACCAACUCCGACAGUUCGCACAGGAAGUCACAUAG